AGCAGCUAGGGGCUGGCAACUAGGUUCCGUCCUUCCGCCCCGCUCGGCGACUGUGAGUGGGGCAGAGAAACGGGCUGACAGUGGUAGGGGAGGGCGCAGCGGCAGCUCGUCUAAUCGCCUCAUUCUCGAAGACGCGUAAAUGCCGGAUUGAGGCUGGGCCACGACGCGGGGACAGGUUUCAAUCGAUGACGUUCGGCGUAAACCUCCCGCUCCACGGCCCGCGAGAUGGACACAGAACUGCGUUGAAAGUGUACGAGUCAAGCGAACCAGCUAGCGGCUAACCGCUAUCUCCCUGUCUCGCUAAACCCUCCCCUCCCUCGGCUAGCCAGUUGACGGCUGCUCAACUCAACUCGCACGGUGCGGCACGUCUGCCCACCGCCUCAUCCUCCGCAAGACACCACCAAAGAAAAUGAAGAAGUUCAACAUUCGUAAGGUGCUGGAUGGCUUGACGGCGGCUUCCUCCUCGUCAUCUUCGCCUGCCGCUCAAGUGGGGGCCGCCAAGGAGAACGACGCCGUCCCGGAGACCCUGCAGUCGGAACAUUUUCAGCUUUGCAAGACCGUGCGUCAUGGUUUCCCAUAUCAGCCGUCCUCCAUGGCCUUCGACCCUGUGCAGAAGAUCUUGGCCGUUGGGACGCAAAACGGAGCUUUGAGGCUUUUUGGACGUGCAGGCGUUGAAUGCUUUUGCCAACAUGAGAGUGGUGCCGCCGUCAUCCAGCUACAGUUCCUCAUCAACGAGGGGGCGCUAGUGAGUGCCUUAGCUGAUGACAGCAUCCAUCUGUGGAACUUGCGGCAAAAGAUUCCUGCCAUCUUGCAUUCGCUCAAGUUCAACAGGGAGAGAAUCACGUACUGUCACCUGCCCUUCCAGAGCAAGUGGCUCUACAUAGGCACGGAAAGAGGCAACAUCCACAUUGUCAACGUGGAAUCCUUCACCCUCUCAGGCUAUGUCAUCAUGUGGAACAAAGCCAUCGAACUAUCCACCAAGACACACCCAGGGCCAGUAGUGCACAUCAGUGAUAACCCCAUGGACGAAGGAAAGCUCCUCAUUGGAUUUGAGUGUGGCGUGGUGGUGUUGUGGGACCUGAAGUCCAAAAAAGCUGACUACCGCUACAAUUAUGAUGAGGCCAUCCACUCGGUAGCAUGGCACCACGAGGGUAAACAGUUUGUCUGCAGUCAUUCAGAUGGCACUCUGACCAUGUGGAACAUCCGAACCCCUGCCAAGCCAGCACAGAUCAUCACGCCGCACGGAAAGCAGCCUAAGGAUGGCAAGAAGCCAGAGCCGUGCAAGCCUAUCCUGAAGGUGGAAUACAAAAGCACACGGGCGGGUGACUCAUUCAUGGUUCUGUCUGGCGGUCUGUCCUAUGACACUGUGGGUCGGAGAGCCUGUCUGACGGUGAUGCACGGGAAAAGCACCGCCGUCCUGGAGAUGGACUUCCCCAUCGUGGAUUUCCUUACACUGUGCGAAACGCCAUAUCCCAACGAUUUUCAGGAACCUUACGCUGUUGUAGUCCUCCUGGAGAGGGAUCUAGUUGUCAUAGACCUGGGACAGAUUGGGUACCCGAUAUUCGAGAACCCCUAUCCUCUAAGUAUCCAUGAGUCACCAGUGACCUGCUGCGAAUACUUUGCCGAUUGUCCGGCGGAACUCAUUCCCGCGCUUUACUCAGUGGGCAGCCGGCAGAAGAGGCAGGGCUACAGCAAGAAGGAUUGGCCUGUCAGCGGGGGCAACUGGGGCCAAGGCACACAAAGUUACCCAGAGAUCAUCAUCACUGGGCACGCUGAUGGCUCCGUCAAAUUUUGGGACGCAUCUGCAUUGAUGCUUCAAGUACUCUAUAAGCUAAAGACAGCCAAGGUGUUUGAGAGGGCCCGCGGCAAGGAAGAAAAGGCCAAUACUGACAUUGUGGACGAGGACCCCUUCGCCAUCCAGACGCUGUGCUGGUGCCCUGAAAGCAGGAUGUUGUGUGUGGCCGGUGUGUCUGCGCAUGUCAUCGUCUACCGCUUCAGUAAGCAGGAAACGACAGCUGAAGUGCAGCUUUUAGAGGUGCGUAUGCAGUGCGAUUUGAGCGACGUUGAGUCGCCCGACACUGCCGGGGACCAGACUCCGACGCGGCAUUCCCCGGUAAAUGAAAGUCCCCAGGAGGCCGAGCCCCCCGCUGUCGCUUCCACUCAGUCCGCAGCCGGCGGAAACAACAGCAACUCUUCAGCUGAUGGGCCACGAGACAACAUACCUUGCCUGCAGGUGCGCAGUUCCCCUUUGAAGCAGUCCCCGGGCUACCAGGUGGAGCUGCUGGUCCAGCUGGUGUGGGUGAGCGGUGAGCCGCCUCAGCAGAUCACAAGCUUGGCCAUUAACUCCUCAUACGGACUAGUGGUGUUUGGCAAUAGCAAUGGCCUGGCGGUGGUGGACUACCUCCAGAAAACACUGUUGCUCAACCUGGGUACAUCACAGCUGUACAGCCCGUCGGAGCCAUCCCAGAGGCAGCCUUGCUCCCCGCGCAAAACCCGCCAGCCCUCCGGAGUUCUGUGUGAUUCUACUGACGGGCCCAGUGCGGCAGAGGAACGCUGCAAGUCGCCCAACUCAGGGUCCACUUCGCCCUGUAAUUCUGAUGACGAUCGCAAGGCCAAGUUCAUAGAAAAGGUGAAGUACAAAAGCAGACGCUUUUCCAAGACUGUUGCCAAUGACUUUGCUAGGAUGUCACGGAAAAUAAGCUCAUGUAAUGAGCAAAAGCCAAACCCGGAGUUGCAUUCCAUCCCAUCCAGGAAGCGCUUUUAUUACACCCACAGCGGCACGUCUACAACAACCCGCAAAAGUGUGAGGCUUGCCUUCCCCCCGGCAAACUCAGACCACAACAUGAAUUCCAAGGACAACUCGUUCAGCCGCUCGCGCAGUUCGAGCGUGACCAGCAUUGACAGAGAGUCCCGUGAUGCCGUCUGCGCUUUCUGCUUCUGCGAGACCUUCCCCAGGAAAUCAACGGACGGCACAACCAGCCCCUGCAUGCUGGUAGGCACAACUCAGGGCUCAGUCAUAUUGGUGGCCCUCAGCCUGCCACAUGGUGAUGACCAAAGGCUCCUGCAGCCAAUCGGGAUCUCCUCUUGUGGUACCGUGGCCAGACUCAAAGGAGGCAUCUUAACAAUGGCAUUGCUGGACGCCAGCGGAUCUCUGCUGUCCGCCUCCCACGAGCCCUGGUACGAUCCCAACUCCUCGGAUGAAGAGAAGGAGAAGGAAAAGAGCAGGUGGCGCAGGCCGGCUUCGCCGCCCUCGUGGCAGGAAGGCCAGGACUCCCAGUUUGCCGUGCUGUGCUCGGAGAAGCAGGCCAAAGUGUUGGCCAUGCCAUCCCAGACGCGUGUCUACAAACACAACAUCACAGAGUCGUCCUUUGUGCUGAGGGCCGACGUUGUGUGCAUGGCUGGAACCAACUGCAUCGCUUGCUUCUGUGCCAACGGACACAUAAUGACCCUCAGCUUGCCGAGUCUUCGGCCCCUGGUUGACGUUAACUACCUGCCGCUCACGGACAUGCGGAUCGCACGAACAUUCUGCUUCUCCAAUCUGGGUCAGGCUCUCUACCUCACCUCCCCCACAGAGGUGCAGAGGAUCACAUACAGCCAAGAAACUUGCGACAACCUACAGGAGAUGCUGAGUGAGUUGUUCACACCAGUGGAGACUCCAGAGGCUCCCAACAGAGGGUUCUUUAAAGGCCUCUUUGGAGGAGGAGCUCAGUCGCUAGAUCGAGAGGAUCUCUUUGGCGAAACAGCGUCUGGGAAGGCUUCCCGAAGUCUGGCCCAGCACAUCCCCGGUCCGGGAAACAUGGAGGGCAUGAAGGGCGCAGCAUCUGGUGUGGUGGGCGAUCUGGCCCGGGCGCGGAUUGCUCUGGACGAGCGAGGGCAGAAGCUUGGCGAGCUGGAGGAAAGAACAGCCGCCAUGAUGGCCAGCGCUGACUCAUUUUCCAAGCACGCGCAUGACAUGAUGCUGAAAUAUAAAGACAAGAAGUGGUACCAGCUCUGAUGAUGGCAGGCAGAUCCCAACAAACACUGCGGACUCUGUAAUCACGCACGCACACACAAACACACCAGUACGGUCAAGGGGCCGCAUAUCUUUGUCAUCCUUGUCUUCUCUAAUUCACCCACAGUUGCAGAGGUUUUUUUCCUGGGCUUUUUGGACUUGCUGUUUUUUGUUGUUGUUGUUGUUGUUUUUUUUUUUUUUUUUUUUUGCUUCUGGUCACUUCGAAGGACCUUCGCCGCAGACCCAAAUGAGGAGUAAAAGUCCUACUUGUUCACUUUGUGCGCCUUUUUCACCGUCCUUCAAGUCCAGUUAUGGAAUUUGUCUUUCAGAAGGAGUCAGUCUUUGUUUGUCUUUUGUGUGAGGAAACGGCCAUUGAAGCACUUAGGAAUAUGAAGCAGGAGCUGAUGAUUCUCCUACCAAAUAAGGGCUGGUAGUAUUUCAUCAUCCUUGACAAAAAAAAGAAGUUGACACUGUAUUUCGAUUUUAUUUUCUAUUAUCAAUUUUAGUUCAUUAUUUAUCAGGACUACAAACAUAUUGUUGAGUAAUUCAAGACACAGCUCACCUGGCAUUCAUUAGAAUCUUUAGCUUUGCAGAACCCAAUUAGUUUGUUUGCAUAUUUUUCAAGAUGUGUAGAUGUUAUUUAUCAAAUUCAGUACAAACAAAAAAUUCUUGGAUAACACUGGGCAAUGGUUUGAAAUGGUAAUUGCGUUGUUUUACAUCUGACAGCUGUUUUUGACUCAUUUUUGGGUGCGAAAUACAAAACUUGUUUUUUUUCCCCACUGCUUACUAUGUGGUUACGUCUUGAAUACAUGUAGCCAUAUCCUCUGCAAAAAUUCAUUAUGUUAAUUAAAUAUUGCAGUCAUGCCUUUGUAUGUUGCAGUUCAUUCAAUUGAGUUUUUUAUUUUUGUAAAACAAGCAUCAUUUUUCAUAUUAAAAAAAAAAAAAGAAAAAAGAAAACAGGGAUCCUAUAGUUCAAAAACUUGACAAAACUGAGGAAAAAAAUGACACCCGGUUUGGAAUUCCACCCAAACUUUGUCUAAAACACCUGUCAGACUUAAAAAAAAAAAAAAAAAAAAAAAAAAAAAAAAAAAAAAAGAAGAAGAGUUAUUUGAAUCUUGAUUUAGCUUGGCAGAACACCAGAAGUUUGUUAGCAUAUUUUUCCACAUGAAAUGUAGUUCUGUUAUUAUUUAUCAAAUUCAGGACAAACAGAAAAAAAUCUUGGCUAAUUUAUAAGACACUCCAAGCUAUUUUGAGCUAUUUUGAUAAUUUUUUAGGUAAGCAAGAAGUUUGGUCUGUGUGAUUAUGGGGAAAUACAACACAAUUAUUUUCUAUCAGGACAAGAGAAGUGUAUUGAAAUUUGCUUGAUUAUUUAUUAGCGAACACAAAAUAUUUGUUACUGUGGAACACAAUUUUUAUUUUUAGGUCUGGCAGCUGUUUUGAACUCAUCUUCGGAUGCGGAAUCCAAAGUGAUCUGUUUUUCACCAUCACAUAUUUUUUUAACUGUCAGAUCCAGGUUUUAUUAUUAUUAUUUUUUAAGUAUUUAACAUUUGUGGUUCACAUAUUGAGGUAAAAAUCUGACUCAACAGAUUUUUUUGUCCGCCAAAUUGUUCACCAAUUUAAUUGAUCAGAACACAAAAAAUGUUCUUUAUUUUAAAACACACACACACAUUUACGUGAUUAUUUAUUAGCACACAGGAGAAGUUUGUUAAAUUAUUCAUAAUGACAUUUUUUGUAAUUAUUAGUUGUUAAAUUAUUCAUAAUGACAUUUUUUGUAAUGAUUAGAAAACAAGAACUUUUGUUAGUCGGGCAUUACUUUGUAUUAAUUGUCAAAUAAUUGCACUCUUAAAAAACACUGGAAAUAGCCUGACGGUAUUCACAAAAUUAGUUUGCUUUAUUGGGUCUUUUAGUUGCCAUUGUAACCCUUUAGUGAGGUUCAUAAUUGGCUGCCAUUGAUGGUGCUCGACUUCCAAUGGAUUGGACGGCUCUCGCCGUCAAUGGCAGCCUACAUCCAUUCAGGGGUCUGUGUCGGAGGCCAUAUUCACAAUUUAGACUUUUAUUUUUUUCUUGACUCUUCUGCAAGCUGCUAUUUGUGUUCAUCUUCUGUAUUUUUGUGUGUUUGUCGCAGCCAAAUAUUCGCAAAUAAUUAAGCAGCUCAAGUUGAAUGGGAUGUUACGGCCAUCUUCUUUUUAUCUAACACCAAAGAUAUGAAAUUGAUGAUUUUGAUUAUUAUUUGUACUAUUUUCCUUUGUUUGGUGGAAAGAUUCUGGGAAAAUAAUUGGAAACAUGAAAACGCAGGGGGGUUUUUUUCUCGUUUUUUUUUUUUAACUUUAGCUAACUUUAGCAUUUAUCUUUGUAACACAUUUUAGACUAUAUUUGGUCAUAGGAAGCGGUUCAGAUGUUUUUCAAGUCUUUUUUCACUAUUUGUAUUGUUUGGCGAAAAGCAACUGAUGUCAAACUCAAGGCUCGAGGGCCAUAUCUCGCCUGCCACAUCUUUAGUGUGGACUGCUAAAAUAUAAAUUGUGUGCAUCCAUUUCAUGUUUUUCGCUACAUGAUGUAGAGACUAUUUACUGUUUUUCUAACUUAUUAUAUUCAAAAUAGUCAAGUUUAUUGACAGCCAUAAAUAAUUAAAAAAAACAUCCUAAAAGAUAAAGUUGAAUACCUAUUAGAAAACAGUAGGCAUGUAAACUAUUAAAAUAAUAAUAAACAGUAAAACCGAAAGAAAUAAAGUCCGCAAUAAAAAGCAAUUCAUGCAAUGAAUGAUGACAUUCUCUGGUUUAUACCCCCAAUGAAAUUAAUUAAAAAAAAAAUUAAUGUGAAAAAAAAUAUGAGGAUAUUAGGUUUUCAUUUUUGUUUUUAAGAACAAAUAGCCUAAAGGUAAUUGUGCUUUAUUAAUGAAGAAAUAUAAAUCAAUAAAACAUUCAUGAAAAAAUAUGAACUAUCCAUAUUAAUAAAAAGAGAAUAUGUAAUGUUUAAAUAAAUAAUAAAAAUCUAGAGAACAUUUGCAUUUUUUUCUCCAAGGUGUUUUUUGAUUAAAGAAAAUAUUUCCUAUUGAGAAGCUCAAAAAAGAGGAUCUGGACAAUUUUGAGGGAAACAUUACUCAAAACAUUUACUCUACCAAAAUAGUUGUCAAUUUAUUUGAUAAUUUGUUGUUAAUAAGUAAGUUAACCAUCAUAUCCACAACCAGUACUUAUGAUGUAGCCUGUGACAAAAAUGAGUUUUACACACUUGGUUGAAGGGGUCAGGAAAAAAUUAUUAUUAUCAGCGUAUCAAGCGUAAAGAAAUAAUGUACUUGCUAUAAGAAUCUGAGGAUGCUGGAUUUUUGCUGCUUUUUCAGUUGGAAGGAUGACUCUUAAUUUUAGUAAAUACAAUGAUACUAAUUUGAUUUUUUUUUUCCAAUCACAAAAGAACAUGAUUAAAAUUUUGAUUAAAAAAAAAAAAAAAAAAUUAUUUGCAAGUAAAUUCCAAAUAUACAUAAGUUUGUAUUUUCACUUCCGUUUUCUUCCACCAAAAACUGCACAAAAUCUUCAGCGAGCAGCAGUUGUUAACUCAUUGACCAUUUUAAAUUGACUGGCAUUAACUGAUCAUGUUUCAGUGCCCUUGACAGUAAUAGACGUCCAAUCCAUUUGGAAUGGUCCAGUCCAAAAGGAAUGGACGUUUAUCAUCGUCAGUGGCAACAAUUAGUUCAUUUAUGGAAUAAUCACUGGACGCGGUUAAACUGCGAUUAAUAUGUUCUACUCCAUUUUGGGGGCAAGAAAAGCCUGGCAUUCCUCCAGGUUUAUGAGGCUAACCCUAACCUGAGAAUAACAAUAAAGCUGUCAGAUGAGUAGGAAUGUUGUUAAUCUGUUUCCGUAGUUUGUUUUGUGAAUGCCAUAGUUACUGUGUUGUCAAAUGUAAAAACAAUCAUUUUUAAAGCAACUCUGGUUUGUCAUAUCUCCAUCACUGGUAGCCUGUAAGUUAAAAGGUUUAGCACCUUUUUUUUUUUUAAUUGUGAGAGGACCAAACCACAUCAGAAACUAUCUAUGCCUCCAUAUAUCUAAACGUUAUUUGCCAAUCCUUAUCAAUAUGAAGCUGAAAUGUGUUUUUCUGAUUAAUCUAUAACAUUUAUAUAUAUGAAGAUGAUCCAAUUCCAAAGGUGUACCUUUAAAUGUCAUUAUUUUGAAUGGAACGACUCACUUUGAAUAUUUUUUAAUCUCUCACGCACACACACUUAUGUCUUAUUUUCCCACUUCGUGGGGCCUCGCCUUUUUAAGUGCUUCAGGGAGGGGCAACAAACAAGGUCGCCCGAUAAUCUCGUCGCACAUUGACGGAUGCAUGAUAAGUGUUUACAAACGCGUAUUAUCCCAACAUUUGUAUUUACCCACAAAAUAAAAACAACCAAAUGCUGUUUA